AUGGUGUUGCAUGUGGCGCUUCUUGGGAAAUCGACUUCCACCCCACUUACUCGGCUGGAUCUGUUGGAGGCGUUGCGCCGGAAUUCUCCACGUGGCUAUCAUGCCACUCGGUCCUAUCUUUGGACCGAAGAUAAUCUUUUUACCACUCUCUCCCCAGUGCCGCUUUUUGAUGUGAACUCAGUUGGAUGCUGCUACUACGCGUUUAGGGCCGAAUUGUCCUGCGGAGGGAAUAACGAGGAUUUUCGAGUGGCUGUGAUGCUUCUACUGGACCUCACCGCAGCCGUGGACAACUUGGUUGCCAUCGCGACGGAAAAGGAGGACGUGGAAUCACAUGAGGAGGAAGAAAGUAAUUUCCUACUUGUUGAACUUGCAGACGUAUUGGAGCAAUCCGAGGCGACUUGUAGUGAUUACCUGAAGCGGUGGGGAGCUGAAGAGCACAACUAUCACCUUACGAUGGCGCGUCGUGUCCUACUGGCGGCGGGUCAUGUUUAUUCUCUUCCUCUCUCGUUGCCGUCGUCCCCUUGUACGCCGAGCAGCUAUCUGGAACUGCAGUUCCACUUCCUUGCAAUGGAAGCGGAGAUGCAAAAUCGGUGUCGUGAAGAUGCGUUAACAGAGGCCUUGCAUCAGUGGGCCAAUGAAGUGGAGCGAGUCAUGCGAGAAGAAUCGUGUCACCUUGCGGUAGCAGCGGUUCCCAUUUCUGUGGCUGAGCUCCUGGACGCUCACCCGCAGCUUGUACAAACGGCACUCCUGCAUCACACCAUUCGACAGCCGUUGUCAUGGCUUGCGGUUGGAACACAGUUGUCGUCGUCCUCUACGCGAUUGGAAGGCGUUGUUAACGGCGUCAUACAAGAGUACCGUGUCUUGGCGCAGAACAAACUUUACGUGCGGGUGCCUCUUCGAAUGUCGCGCUACUCCUUUGCCUAUUUGUUUUUUGCGGGCCUUCCUCGUGUGCUUGCGGAAAAGCCAUUGUCACGAACAGAGACGCCUUUGGCGUUAUUAUCCCACGUGGGAGGGGGUGGCGAGGAGGUGGAGGCCGAUGAAAGAGAACUUCUUCUUGGGUUACAGCUGACGAUUGCGCUCCACAGACUUCGUUUUGAGGUUAAAGGACAACAUACUUUCGUCAUUGAGCGGUUUCUUCAAGAACUGCAGUGUAGAAAUGAGAAGGGAGAUGUUGCUGAAAUUACGCCCGAGAACGCGUCGCUGCGGCGGGAACUUGAUCGCUUACGACGAAAACUGAUGCCUGUGGCUACUAUGCGUGGAGACUCCAUCGAUUGGAUGCGAUCCUAUGCUCAGGAGGCGGCAAUGGACUACAACGUGACGGAGAAGGAAAUUGACCGUCUAGAGGUAUCCAUGCUGGACAACAGCGAAAGUGGCACCUUAUCCGCUGACGAUGCUGACGAUGCAUUCUCCAAUAAGGAUGACGAGGCUGCUUCAGGUGUGUCGCAGCAGUUGGAGGAGAUGGAUUCCUUUUUGGGGGCACGGAUGUGCGAGGCGGUACUCAGUGGCUCUGAUGUUGAGGAGGCAGCACUGACGAAUGUGGCAGAUAACUUUCUCUUCCUUGAGACCGUGCAAAUGCUCGCACAGGAUGAUAUCCCCGCGAAAUAA